AUGAAGAGCCUGAAGAAGUCGAUUCUCUCGCGCAAGGGAUCGAGUGACUCGAGCAAGUCGUCGCGCCCGGCUGCUAAUUCGCCGACGCCGGCUUCGAACACAUCGCCCUCAAGUACGCCCCAGCCGCCACCUUCGCACACGAACAAGCCCACACCGCCUCUCCCGACCCAUGCAUCGCCCGCGACUGCUUCUCUCAACUCGGUCUCUGCCUCUAGCUCACGUGAGAGGGACCGUGACCGCGAGAGAGAACGGGACAGGGACCGUGCGCGCCAUACCCCGGACCGCACCGCACCAGCUCCUCCAAUUGUCGUAAUCCAUCCCGAGGAUAGCGCUCCGGCCCCAUCCCAGGCCCAGCCAGAGGCAACUCCACCGCGUGCUGGUACUAUGAACCGACUCCGCCAGCAAACGCCCAAGGACACCAUUCCCGUCAUAGGAAAGCCGCCCCGCAAGCAACGCUCGUCUCGUUUCCACGUCACCGAGCGCGUCGAAAUCGAGAAACUCCCCGCCUUUGUCGAGGUUGGCCCAAAUGAGCGCCCAGAACUCUUUAUCCGCAAGCUCCGCCAGUGUUCUACCCUCUUUGAUUUCAACGAUGCCAGCGCAGAGCUCAAGGGCAAACAGAUCAAGGCUGCCACUUUGCAUGAGAUGCUCGAGUAUAUCACCACUCAGCGUGGCGUUAUCAGCGAGGUCAUCUACCCCGAAGUCAUCAGCAUGUUCGCCAACAAUCUGUUCCGCACGAUCCCGCCCCAGGUUAACCCAACAGGUGACGCAUUUGACCCUGAAGAAGACGAGCCGGUUCUUGAACUUGCCUGGCCUCACCUUCAAAUCGUCUACGAGUUCUUCCUCCGCUUUGUCGAGAGCCCAGACUUCAACACAAAUGUCGCUAAGCGCUAUAUUGAUCAAGCAUUUGUCCUACAGCUCCUCGAGCUAUUUGAUUCCGAAGAUCCUCGCGAACGCGACUUCCUCAAGACGACACUCCACCGUAUCUAUGGCAAAUUCCUUAACCUUCGCGCCUUUAUCCGCAGGUCCAUCAACAAUGUAUUCUUCCAGUUUAUCUACGAGACGGAGCGCCACAACGGUAUUGCAGAACUCCUCGAAAUUCUAGGAUCUAUCAUCAAUGGGUUCGCUCUCCCGCUCAAGGAAGAACACAAAAUGUUCCUCACUCGCGUCCUUAUUCCUUUGCACAAGGUCAAAUCCUUGUCGCUCUAUCAUCCUCAACUCGCAUAUUGUGUUGUCCAAUUCCUGGAGAAAGAUGCAAGUCUCACCGAGGAAGUUCUCCGUGGACUAUUGCGAUACUGGCCCAAGGUCAACAGUCCAAAAGAAGUCAUGUUCCUUAACGAGGUCGAAGAAGUACUUGACGUGAUCGACCCAGGCGAGUUUGUCAAGAUCCAAGAGCCUCUCUUCCGACAGCUUGCGCGUUGCGUCAAUAGCCAACACUUCCAGGUCGCUGAACGUGCGCUCUACUACUGGAAUAAUGAAUACAUUGUCAACCUGAUGGGUGACAACAUUGGCGUUAUUUUACCCUUGGUCUUCCCUGCCCUAUAUCAAAACUCCAAGACUCAUUGGAAUAGGACAAUACACGGAAUGGUAUACAACGCUCUCAAACUUUUCAUGGAGAUUAAUCCAGAAUUGUUCGAGCAAUGCGUUCAAAACUUCAAACACGACCGACAACUGCAAAAAGCCGUUGAACACUACGAAAAUUGGACACACCUACUCAAGCGUGCAACUUACAACGCACCACACCAUCAAUUGCCGGCUCGCCUGCAAAAGGUAACCUACCCGAAUCCUCCACCGGAUCUAGACGAUCUCGACUUUGGAGAUCCAAGUGUGGACUUGAGCGCCGCGGCCAUGGAGGCCGAGCUCGAUGCGGUAGCGGGAGACGUUAGUCUGAACCUCAGUGCGAAUGGUGUAGAAAGGACCCCUCAGGCGGACCCAGGACUCGAGAGCGCACAAAGGCCCGCUGAAGUACCUCUUUCACCUUCUGCGACGACUGGAGGACCGCACGUACGAAGAAAGAGCGUGUUGCCAAUGGACGCCGGGGUCAUGCGUGACCUACAAGCACACAGAAGCCUGGACGACACCGUCCCAAGUCAUAGAUAA